AUGAAUAACAAAUAAUUCAAAAAGAAAAGACUACACGAAGUUGACUAUGCUCAAAAAGUAUUGACUUCGAUUAAACCUGAUAUUCAAAAUAUCAAACUGAAUCAAAAUUUGUUUCAUGCUUAACAACUAGCUAGACAUUCCUCAACACUUAUUAAGAAUAUUCAAAAGGAUGUCAAAUAAACUCUCAGAAAAUAUGACUCAUAAUUACAGCUUUGCUAAUCAAACAGGAAUUAUACGAUGAGUGACUCAGCUAGAAAAUAUUCAAAUGAAAUACCUCGACAAACUUAAUUGUCAACAGAAAAAGAAUUAGAAUCGUUAAAACAAUAAUAAAAAAUAUUGAUGAUCCUUUUGAAUAAUCUUCAAUAAUAAGAGAAGCUUAUAGUUAUUUAACAUCAGAAUUCUGAAGAAUAAUAACAAAAGUAAUGUAUUGAAAAAUAAUGGUAUGAAUAAAAAGAAAAGUAGUUAUUAGAAAUAAAACAAAAAUAAUCCUAAAUAGGUUAAGCAUAAAAAAAGAAAAUGUGCGACACUGAUGUUAUUUAAUUGGAUAUAAGCAGACUUAAACGGUCACCUCAUAAUAAGUCUAAUUCUUCUUAAAACUUCUUCAGUCCAAUCAAUAAAGACAAAAUUAGUUAAGACACACCUAUCUUGAGAAUGAAUAAAAGUCAAUAAAAAUUUAAUCAAAAAAACUUGGAUUCCCCAAAGAAGUGGGAAUAAUAUGGAAUGAUUAAUAAAAAAAAUAAUUCAAAAAAAUAAUAAAGAAAUGAAAAAAAUUAACUUACAAAUGAAAAUUAUAUACAGAAAAAUAAUAAAUAGAAAUUGGAAUUAUAAAUCAGAUCUGGUAAUUCCAAUGCAAGAGAUAGUCAUUAGAGCAAGUAGUUAUCAGAUGAUUUAACAUAUCUAAUCAAUGAUUUGAAUGAAUUUAACAAUAAAUCUAAGAGGUUCUCUAUAAAAGAAUGA